GCCAGAGUAUUUGCAGUUGCAGAAGGCCAAACCCCAAAGAAAUAACAGCAGAGAAGAAGAAGCCCAAAUUUGAAAGAGGAUCAAUGAAAGAUGUUUCUGAAACUUGGCGGAAUCAUAUAUAAUUCAUACCUUAAUAAACUUCACAGCCGUUUCUCUCUCUCCUGAAACCCUAGCCAGCGCGAUUUCUUCAAAUUCAAAUCCGUCAGUUGUUUAUGGAGGAGAUGGCGAAGAAUGACGAAAGCGCUCGAGAAUUUCGACUUCCGACGUCGUUUUGAAGGUCGAUUUCAGAGAAUUAGCAGAUUCCGAAUCGAAAUUGUUAUGGACAGAGAGAAUUCAAACCCUAAGAGGGUUUAUCAAGUUUGGAAAGGGAAUAAUAAAUUUCUGUUUGGCGGAAGGUUGAUCUUCGGCCCGGAUGCUUCUUCUCUGUUGUUGUCGUCGUUCCUAAUCGUGGCUCCGGCCAUUGCAUUUUCUGUAAAGAGCUUUACGACCAUCCGAAAUGAUAACCAUGGCAUUCCUUCCUAUGCUAUUCCUUUCGUCGCCCUAGUCUUAACCAUAUUCGACUUAUUGUUUCUAUUACUUACGUCUAGUAGAGACCCCGGGAUUGUCCCGAGGAACAAAACACCUCACGAGUGCGAAGAGUUCAUCGACCUUAACAUGCCGUCGUUGGAGUGGUUCGACGGUAAUACUCACCACAUGAAGUUUCCCCGGACAAAGGAUGUUAUCGUGAACGGAUACACAGUCACAGUAAAAUUCUGCGACACGUGUUUGAUCUAUCGCCCGCCCCGAGCAUCUCAUUGCUCCGUCUGCAACAACUGCAUUUGUCGAUUCGACCAUCACUGCCAAUGGGUCGGCCAAUGCAUCGGCGUGCGAAAUUACAGGUUCUUCUACAUGUUCAUCUUGACAUCGACAACCUUAUGCGCGUAUGUGUUUGUUUUCUCAUGGCACGGGAUUUUACGCUACGAAGGCACCGUGUGGCAAGGAAUGUUGCACAAUUACUUGUUCGAUGUGCUCGUUUUUUACUGCUUCCUCGCCUUCUGGUUUGUCGGGGGUCUAUCGGUUUACCACUCCUACCUGAUCUGGGUUAACAAGACGACAUUCGAGGACUUCAGAUCACAAUAUAUAGACACGGAGAAUCCUUACAACAGAGGAAUGAUCAACAACUUGAAAGAAGUCUUUUUCUCUAGAAUCCCGCCUUCACAGAUCGACUUCCGGGCUGUUGCCGAGGAUGACGAAGCUGCCGCAACAGCGCAUACAGUAUCGAACUCGGAAGCAAUAGUAAGCAUCGGAAUAAGAUCAAUGCUGGACGAAAUCAACGACCUUGUAACAGACCGGAAAAGUAGCGAUCAUUUGAGCGAAAGGUCUGCCGCCUUACCGGAGAAUUUCUCUGGCGAUGCAGCAACCGCCGGUGAGGCAAAUUUGGAGUAGGGAUUGUUAGAAAAAACACAUGUAAGAGUGAGUUAAUGUGAGUUCUUGAAGAUGAGACUGAAAAUUAUUCACAUCUUCCGGUUUACUUGACAACAGAAAUUUCUCAAGAUGUGUAUAGAUUAAAAUUUAUUUAUUUAUUUAUUUAUUAAGCUUCCGAUUGGUGUAAAUACAUAAACCCAUGAUUUUAUUUUAUUUUAUUUUCAUGGUACGAUAUAAAUCGAGAAAGAAGAGA